ACAGAGUACCCCGCCCCGGUUGCAGUUGCAAGGCGCCCGCCAGUAUCCCAAGAUUCCGCUGUUUCUGCAAUGACCUCGCCGAUAACGGAGUCGGUAGUGUAAGCAGUGUUGUGUGCUCUCCUUGCAUGGUGGAUGAUGGCCGCUUCAAAGCCCGUUGAGCCGCAAUCCGGGAGCAGUCUCCCUCGCUGGCAGCUGGCCCUCCUGAUCGGAACCCCCAUAGUGCUGGGUGUAGGAGCUGUUUACCUGUGGAACCGCAGCAAGACGAAGGACUCACCAGGGAAACGGAAUGGGGAACGGACAACUCCAGAAGGCAGCGCGAGCCCCGUCCAGGGCCAAGACGGCGCAGCUAACCGAACCAGUCGCGAGCUGCAGGACAUGAGUCCUCUGGACCGGGCCCAGGGUGCUAAGAACAAGGGUAACAAGUACUUCAAAGCUGGGAAGUAUGAGCAGGCCAUCCAGUGUUACACAGAGGCCAUCGGUCUGUGUCCUAGAGACAACCAGACAGACCUGUCCACCUUCUACCAGAACAGAGCUGCUGCCUACGAACAGCAGAUGAUGUGGACAGAGGUGGUGCAGGACUGUACCCAGGCUGUAGAGAUGAACCCACGCUACAUCAAGGCCCUGUUCAGGAGGGCCAAGGCACUGGAGAGACUGGACAACAAGAAGGAGUGCCUGGAAGAUGUGACGGCGGUGUGUAUCCUGGAGGCCUUCCAGAACCAGCAGAGUAUGCUGCUAGCAGACAAAGUCCUCAAACUGCUGGGGAAGGAGAAGGCCAAAGACAAAUACAAGAACCGUGACCCCCUGAUGCCUUCUCCUCAGUUCAUCAAGUCCUACUUCAGCUCCUUCACCGAUGACAUAAUCAGCCAGCCGCUCCAGAAGGGCGAGAAGAAGGACGAGGACAAGGACAACGAGGGCGAGGCCGCAGAGGUCACAGAAAGUUCUGGUUAUCUGAAGGCCAAGCAGUACAUGGAGGAGGAGAACUAUGAUAAGAUCAUCAGUGAGUGCACUAAGGAGGUGGAGUCUGGGGGCCGGUAUACUGCUGAGGCCUUGUUGCUACGGGCAACCUUUUACCUCCUGAUUGGCAACGCCACCGGCGCCCAGCCCGACCUGGACCGGGUCAUCAACAUGGAGGACGCCAACAUCAAGCUCAGGGCCAAUGCUCUGAUCAAGCGUGGCAGUAUGUACAUGCAGCAGCAGCAGCCUAUGAUGUCAACACAGGACUUCAACAUGGCCGCUGAGAUCGACACGCGCAACGCAGACGUCUACCACCACCGGGGACAGUUGAAGAUCCUUCUGGACCAGGUGGAGGAGGCCGUCGGAGACUUUGAUGAGUGCAUCCUGCUCAGACCUGACUCUGCUCUGGCACAGGCUCAGAAAUGUUUCGCCCUGUACAGACAGGCGUACACUGGCAACAGCCAGUCCCAGGUGCAGACGGCCAUGGACGGCUUUGAGGACGUCAUCAGGAGGUUCCCUAAGUGUGCCGAGGGGUACGCUCUGUACGCUCAGGCGUUGACUGACCAGCAGCAGUUUGGCAAGGCAGAUCAGAUGUACAACAAGUGUAUUGACCUGGAGCCUGACAACGCUACAACAUACGUCCACAAGGGGUUGUUGCAGCUCCAGUGGAAGCAGGACUUGGACCUCGGCCUGGACCUCAUCAGCAAGGCCAUCGAGAUUGACAACAAAUGUGACUUUGCCUACGAAACCAUGGGAACUAUCGAAGUUCAAAGGGGCAACCUGGACAAGGCAAUAGACAUGUUCAACAAGGCCAUCAACCUGGCCAAGUCCGAGAUGGAGAUGGCCCACCUCUACUCACUGUGUGACGCAGCAUACGCCCAGACUGAGGUAGCCAGGAAGUAUGGGCUGAAGCCACCCACACUGUAACUACCCUGUCACAUGACCCAAGACCCUCCCACUCUUCACUGCUGAACCUGAUUGUAUUAUAACUGCAGAUGUUUCAGUCAUUUGGUUUUGUAGACAUGCUGGAUAAAUAAAAAAUAGAAACUUGAUCUGUGACCAAAUAUCAGCAUUUCCCAAACUCUGUCCGGGGGGGGCAGGCAGAGUUUGGGAAACGCUGCACUACAUGAUCAUGUUUACGUCACGUUGAAUCGAGCUGUAACAAAGGAGAGGCUUUACUGUUCACAACCAAGGCCAGAACCCAAACAUCUGGUAAUUAAUGGUCUUAACCCACACACCCCUCUUCCUCAAGGCCCUUAGUUUGACCCACACACCCCUCUGUUUCUUGGUACUUAGUUUAACCCAGAUCACCAACCCUUAUGAUCCUUCCUGUACCUCACUGUCUGGUCUGUUAUCAAAAAUAUGUGAAUGGCCAUGUGAAACCAGGUAUCUACCCAGAAAUAAUUCAACCGUCUAAAAUCAAAAGAGAGAUUAUUUCAAUAGACUUCUCAUUCUCAUUGACUAAUCCAUAUUCGGAAGUAUUUAAGAUGAUUAACGUUGUAUGUUGCCUGCACACUGAGAACGGAAUAGAGUUCCAAUGGACUGUUCAUUUGUUUGUUUCUGUUCUCUACCACGUUUCUGUCCAGACACAUCCAUAUCCUCAAGAUGAUGUAACAUUAUUGAAUGGCAAAUUAAAUGAAGGAUUAAAAUGUUAGUCAAAUGUGUGUGUAUAAUGAUGGAUGUCUGUGUUUGGUGUAAUGCUGGAGUUGACGAUGUGUGGGAUAAGGGUCCUAAAGUAGUGUGGGAUAAGUGUCCUGAAGUAGUGUGGGAUAUGGGUGGAGUUGGGGUCCUAAAGUAGUGUGGGAUAAGGGUCCUAAAGUAGUGUGGAAUAAGGGUCCUAAAGUAGUGUGGGAUAAGGGUGGAGUUGGGGUCCUAAAGUAGUGUGGGAUAAGGGUCCUAAAGUAGUGUGGGAUAAGGGUCCUAAAGUAGUGUGGAAUAAGGGUCCUAAAGUAGUGUGGGAUAAGGGUGGAGUUGGGGUCCUAAAGUAGUGUGGGAUAAUAAGGGUGGAGUUGGGGUCCUAAAGUAGUGUUUAAGUUGAGGGGCUUGCCUGUUUUUUCUAUAUUCCGUACAGCAUGUGAUAUUUCUCUAAGUAAAUGUUGAUGCUGAAGUCAUCUGGCCAUGUUGGAAAUGCUGACGUGAACAUUUAGACCUGAAAUGAUUCAUGGCCUGAUUCAGAAUCAUUCUCAAUGUUUAGCUUUUAUUAAAUGUUGAUGCUGAAGUCAUCUGGCCAUGUUGGAAAUGCUGACGUGAACAUUUAGACCUGAAAUGAUUCAUGGCCUGAUUCAGAAUCAUUCUCAAUGUUUAGCUUUUAUUAAAUGUUGAUGCUGAAGUCAUCUGGCCAUGUUGGAAAUGCUGACGUGAACAUUUAGACCUGAAAUGAUUCAUGGCCUGAUUCAGAAUCAUUCUCAAUGUUUAGCUUUUAUUAAAUGUUGAUGCUGAAGUCAUCUGGCCAUGUUGGAAAUGCUGACGUGAACAUUUAGACCUGAAAUGAUUCAUGGCCUGAUUCAGAAUCAUUCUCAAUGUUUAGCUUUUAUUAAAUGUUGAUGCUGAAGUCAUCUGGCCAUGUUGGAAAUGCUGACGUGAACAUUUAGACCUGAAAUGAUUCAUGGCCUGAUUCAGAAUCAUUCUCAAUGUUUAGCUUUUAUUAAAUGUUGAUGCUGAAGUCAUCUGGCCAUGUUGGAAAUGCUGACGUGAACAUUUAGACCUGAAAUGAUUCAUGGCCUGAUUCAGAAUCAUUCUCAAUGUUUAGCUUUUAUUUUUAUGUGGUUGUUUCCCCAACUUGUAGAUUCAGAAAAUGUCAGAAGGGACAAUUAUUUUAAAUAUGUUUUCAUGCUGUCGUAUAUUGCAGAGGGCAGGUAUGCCAUCAUAUGUAGUGGAUCUGUGGAUGUUUGAGGCAGUGCUACAGAAUAAAACAUGUGACUAUGUUGGGAAACAACACUGACAUUCUUCCCACACAGAGAUGUAUCAUGACCAAAGUCAGAGAGAGGACAUGGAAAAUAAAGAUGGAACUGACACGUUA